AUGGAAAACAGUAUUACAAACCCAUUUCUUCUCGAAUUUCAGGAUGAGUUUCCAGAAGAGCUGAGGAAGAAAGUCGUAAUUUUACAAUGUGAAUCUGUGAAAGGCACCUGCAAUGUUUAUUUGGUUGGAACAUGUCAUAUCUCUUCACAAUCUUGCAAGGAUGUUGAAGCAAUCAUUGGCUUCUUGAAACCAGAUGUUGUAUUCCUAGAGCUCUGUGAAACCAGAUCUCACAUCAUGGAUCCUCAAACACCUAGAAUUUUAGAGGUGCCUAGAUUUACCGAUGCCAUGGUUGCUAUGUGGAAGAGUAACAAUUUUAAUACCUUCGAAAUUCUUGCAAGCUUGAUUACGGCAAAGGUUGCAAAAAAACUUAAAGUUUUUCCUGGCUCUGAGUUCCUAAGUGCAUACAGAGAAGCAAAGAAAUAUGGUGGUGAGGUGAUAUUGGGUGACAGACCUAUUGAGAUAACUGACCAAAGGACAUGGUCAAAGAUGAGCUUUUGGUAUAAAGCUAAGUUUGUUUUCUUCUCUCUAUUACUGUUAGCUAUUGUGCCCUUAGUAUCAGUAGAUGUGGAUGCAAGUGAUGGAAAUAAUCAAGAUAUAGAGAGGGAAUUCCCAAGUAUAGCACAAACACUUAUUCAUGAGAGGGAAGUUUAUAUGGUCUCUAGAUUAUUUGAAGUUGCAAAGAAAUGUAAAUCAGUUGUAACAGUUGUUGGAAGGGGCCAUGUUGCUGGCAUUCAAAAAAACUGGAAUAAACCCAGUUCAAUAGAAUCUUCAAUGGAAGUUAAGGCUGCACCAUCUUCAUCAGCUGUGAAGCUUUGGACUUCACUUGCUAUGGUUGCUGUUGGAAUUGCCGUUUUCUCUGUUGAAGCAUUGAGAAUAGUAUGGUGGGCAAUUCAUUAG